CGGUGCGAAGCACGGCCACGGCAAAGCCGCAAAGGCAGAACACACGAAAGGAAGAGAAUAAACCCCAAAGCACACACCAAGAAGAAGAAGAAGAAGAAGAAGCUAGAAUGGAUCCCAACGACGCCUUCUUGGCGGCGCACCCGUUCAGAUGGGACCUGGGCCCGCCGGCUCCGGCCCCGGCUCCGUCUCUUCCUCCGCCUCCUCCUCCGCCGCCGCAAGCUCCUGCUCUUCCGGCGCCGAGGGAGCUGGAGGAGCUGGUGUCGGGCUACGGCGUGCGGGCGUCCACGGUGGCGCGGAUCUCCGAGCUCGGGUUCACGGCCAGCACGCUCCUCGUCAUGACGGACCGCGAGCUCGACGACAUGACGGCCGCCCUCGCGGGGCUCUUCCGCUGGGACCUCCUCAUCGGCGAGCGCUUCGGCCUCCGCGCCGCCCUCCGCGCCGAGCGCUCCCGCCUCAUGUCCCCGCCCAACGCCGCACCCGGGACAUGCCGCCUCCACGGCCACCACUCCCUCAGCACCGUCGACGGCGCCUCCCAAGAAGUGUUGUCGAACGAGCGGGAUGGGGUGGCGAGCGGGGGAAUGGGCGAGGGGGAAGAGGCUGGAAGGAUGAUGGUGGCUGGGAAGAAGCAGAGGAAUGGAUUGGCGGGGAGGAAGGGGAAGAAGGCGAGGAUGAGGAAGAAGGUGGGAGGAGAUGAGCUGCGGCUGGACGUGCAGGAGGAGGAAGACGGCGGGAGGUCGGAGUCGACGGAGUCUUCGGCGGGUGGAGUGGGCGGAGGGGAGCGGCAAAGGGAGCACCCGUUCGUGGUGACGGAGCCAGGGGAGGUGGCGAGGGCUAAGAAGAACGGGCUGGAUUAUCUGUUCCAUCUCUACGAGCAGUGCCGGCUCUUCCUGCUCCAGGUGCAAUCCAUGGCCAAGCUGCAUGGGCAGAAAUCUCCCACCAAGGUGACGAACCAGGUGUUCAGGUACGCGAAGAAGGUGGGGGCGAGCUACAUCAACAAGCCCAAGAUGCGGCACUACGUGCACUGCUACGCGCUGCACUGCCUGGACGAGGCCGGGUCGGACGCGCUGCGGCGGGCCUACAAGGCCCGGGGCGAGAACGUGGGGGCCUGGAGGCAGGCCUGCUACGCGCCGCUCGUCGACAUCUCGGCCCGCCACGGCUUCGACAUCGACGCCGUCUUCGCCGCGCACCCGCGCCUCGCCAUCUGGUACGUGCCCACCAGGCUCCGCCUGCUCUGCCACCAGGCCCGCAGCGCCCACGCUCACGCAAGCGCCGCCGCCCUCCCGCCGCCGCCCAUGUUCUAGUUGUUGAUGCCGGGGGCGUUGCAGCUGCCUGGUCUGGUCGCCGACCUACGAGGGAGUUGCGUGGUUUCGAAGCAGUAGUGUGUGUGUAAUCAGUACUCGCAAUAGUUUCGUUUUGAGUGGGCUAGAUUGUGUGUGUUUUGUUUGUUGGAUGGGCCGGCUUUGUGUGUGCUACAGAUGGCCCGUCCCUGAGACUUAAUCCGCUUGCUUGUUUCUAACAUGCGAAAUGUGCAACCUUAUCGAUCAAAAUUUCGAACCACCACGACAAACCUGAUCAUA